AUGGCUCUCCUCCAUUCUUGCUGCUGCUAUUCAACUCCACCGUCGCUGCCUUCUCUUCUCUCUUUCCGAAAUUCGAAAUUUUAUCACCAAUUAUUUACCGUCUCUGCCAUCCGCCCUCAAAGUCGCCGUUUUCCCCGAAAAUCCUUGUUUCAGAGGUUGGAAGCGACUCUCACCGUCGAACCUUCGGCGAAUUCCUGCACCGAGCGCGGCGUAGAGUCUCCGAAACUUCUAUUGGAGGUCAAAGAACUUUCCGCCGUGAUCUCGGAAUCCAAAGAGACGAUUCUUAAUGGCGUAAACCUCGCCGUCUACGAAGGAGAGGUUCAUGCUGUAAUGGGGAAGAAUGGUUCUGGGAAGAGCACUUUUGCAAAGGUCCUUGUCGGUCAUCCAGAUUAUGAGGUUACAGGAGGCAGUGCCAUGUAUAAAGGUGAGAACUUGCUUGGAAUGGAACCUGAGGAAAGAUCUGUCGCUGGGCUCUUUUUGAGCUUUCAAUCCCCAAUUGAAAUCCCUGGAGUGAGUAAUAUAGACUUUCUGAACAUGGCAUACAAUGCUCGAAGAAGAAAACUUGGUCUGCCGGAGCUUGAACCACUUGAGGUACAUUAUUGUUUGCAACUCUAA